AUGUACGCCGCGCCGCGAUGCGCGCUGCGCGCGACGAACGCGACGAAAUCGUUCGCGAAGGCUGAAAAGAGAUCCGGCGUCGUCGCGCGCGCGUCGACGAGCGACAAGCGCGCGGUGACGACGACGACGACGACGCUGACGGCGUUGACGAUGAUGACCCACGCCGGGGCGGCGCACGCCGGACAGGUGAGCGAUAGACUCGCGGCGGUGUUGGACGCGGCGGAUAGCGCGGCGGACGCGGCCACGGCGGUUUUCUCGCAAGCCGCGGAUCUCGUCGCGCAAGGCGUUGAACUCGCGCAAGAGGCGGCGCCGGUUGUUUUGCCCGUGGCGGAACGCGCGGUGAAGGCGGUGACGCCGGUCGGUGAGGCGGUCGGCGCGUACGCGGGACGGGCGAUCGUUCCGGCGGCGGACGAGGCGCUGAAGCAAGCGUCGAGCGCGAGCGGCCAAGCUCUCUCUUCCGCGGACAGCGCGUUGAAGGCGCAAGGCGUCGAUAUCGCGCCCGCCGCUAAGGUUUUCGAGGAGGGUGCGCAAAUCGUGUUCGACGCCACGGUGCCGAUCGCGCAACAAGUCGCGGAUUAUUUGGCAGACGCCUCUGGAGAGGAGUUGGCGACGACGGCUGGCGAACUCUUUUUGGCCUACCUCCUCGCGCCCGUGGUGUUCAAGUUGGUGGCAGACAUCGCGCGCGGUUAUCGCGGUGACUUGCGUCCGAUCGAAGCGUACGACAUGCUUCUUUCCGAGAACGCCGUCAUCGUCGAUACUCGCGGAUCCGAAGUCACCGUUCAGCUUCCGGGAGGCGCCAACAAGCGCGUUCUCGUGUGUGGCAUCGAGAAGAGCGGCGCGUUCUCCAACGCCGCCGCCGGAAAGGUCGCGGCACUCAAGAUUGCUUCUCUUCGUGGCGUGAGCCGCGGUAAAAAGGUCAUCUUGCUCGACCAAAACGGCGGCUCCGCCAAGGCGCUCGCCAAGGCGCUCGCCAAACAGGGCUUCAGCAAGGUUUUCACCGUGCGAGGGGGCUACAACUCGUGGUCUCGCUCUGGUCUCGCGACUACCGACCGAUAG